UUCACGGCUCCGGCGGGUCUAGCUGGUCUAGCCCAAAAAAACAAGUGUAGAACUCCCUAUUCAGGCUGGAGGGGAGCACCUUCGCCGGCGAUGGCCUGCCUAGGAAUCUCGAAGCUCCUCCUUCUCUUUCUGCUCGCCGUCUUCUCUCUUGGUUCAUUCAUUCCAGCUCUCGCUUCCCUUACCAGCCUUUCCGGCUCCGAUUCUUCUCGUGCUAAUGGUUUUCACAAGGAUAAUAUUCGUGGCUUCAAAAUAGCUGAUGACAUGUUCUGGAGAGAAGGAAAACCAUUUCAGAUCAUAGGUGGGGACUUGCAUUAUUUUCGUGUUCUUCCGGAGUAUUGGGAGGAUAGACUACUAAGGGCAAAAGCAUUGGGCUUGAAUACCAUCCAGACGUAUGUUCCGUGGAAUUUGCAUGAACCUUUCCCUGAGAAGUGGGUUUUUGAUGGCAUUGCAAAUAUUGAAUCGUUUCUAAACCUUACUAAAAAAUUAGGAUUUUUUGUGAUGCUUCGUGCUGGGCCAUAUAUAUGUGCAGAAUGGGAUUUUGGUGGCUUUCCUGCUUGGCUACUUGCCGUAAAGCCUGUUCUGAAGCUAAGAUCUUCAGAUCCUACAUACCUUAAUCUGGUUGAGAGAUGGUGGGGAGUUUUACUUCCUAAAAUCUCUCCCUUUCUGUAUGAGAAUGGAGGCUCUAUUAUCAUGGUUCAGAUUGAGAAUGAGUUUGGAUCAUUUGGAGAUGACAAAGCAUACCUUCGCUACCUAGCUACAUUAGCACGUGAACAUCUUGGGAAUCAUAUAAUUCUGUAUACUACAGAUGGAGGCACUAAGGAUACAUUAGAAAAGGGUUCAAUUCCAGAAGAAGACGUUUAUGCAGCUGUUGAUUUUUCUACUGGAGAAAAUCCAUGGCCGAUAUUUGAGUUGCAGAAGAAGUAUAAUGCUCCAGGAAAAUCACCUCCUUUAUCAGCAGAAUUUUAUACUGGUUGGCUAACACAUUGGGGUGAACCAAAUGCAAAAACAAAUGCAAGUUAUACUGCUGCUUAUCUAGAAAAAAUCUUAUCUCGCAACGGUUCUGUCGUGCUCUAUAUGGCUUAUGGUGGAACAAACUUUGGGUUUUUUAAUGGCGCUAAUACCGGUCAAAAUGUUUCUGACUAUAAGGCUGAUAUUACUUCCUAUGAUUAUGAUGCUCCAAUUAGGGAAUCCGGUGAUGUGGACAAUCCAAAAUUUCAAGCGCUCAGAAACGUGAUUGAAAAGUACAGCCCAAAGCCUCUUCCUCCUGCACCUUCUUCUAAUGAAAGAGCAAAAUAUAGGUUGGUGAAGGUGAAUAAGGUGGCAUCUCUUUUCAAUAUUCUUGAUAUUUUAUGUUAUUCUACGGAGGUUGAAACUGACAAACCCAUUUCUAUGGAGUUAGUUGGCCAGAUGUUUGGUUUUUUGUUGUACAUAUCCCAAUUCAGUGGAAAAGAAAGCUAUAGUACUCUUUCCAUUCCAAAGGUUCAUGAUAGAGCCCAAGUGUUCAUAUCAUGUGCGACAAAUGUGGGGGAAGGUCCAACAUAUGUCGGCACUAUUGACAGAUGGUCAAAUAAGGAACUUGAGAUUCCGAAUAUUAAAUGCUCAUCAGAUAUUAAUUUACUUAUUUUGGUGGAAAACAUGGGGCGCAUAAAUUAUGGACCAUACAUUUACGACAGGAAGGGAAUACUUUCUUCUGUUGUGUUAGAUGGCGAUAUUCUCCACGGAUGGAAAUUGUAUCCAAUUUCCUUGGACCGGCUAAGCCUUUCAAAUGAGACUUUAGUCAGACUACUGACAGAAUCUGAAACUGCCAAGAUUUCUAUCCAGAAUAGUUUACACUUUCAUUCAAGGAGCGUGUCACAACAACCUGGAUUUUACGAAGCACUCUACUUCAUUGACCCAAAUGAUCAGAUAAAAGAUACCUUCAUAUCCUUUCAAGGUUGGAACAAAGGGGUUGCUUUUGUCAACAGCUUCAAUAUUGGGAGAUUUUGGCCAUCCUUAGGACCCCAAUGUACUCUUUAUGUUCCAGCUCCACUCCUUCACCAUGGAAAAAAUGUUGUGGUAAUAUUUGAGCUUCAUUCUCCCAAACCGGACCUAACGAUUGAGUUCGUUCAGCAGCCUGAUUUUACAUGCGGUCAAUGCAGCAGUGAGCGUGAUUUUAUUGGAUAACAGCAAAAAGAUAAGUGAAUUAUGUUCUUUUAUGUCCAUUUUUAUUUUUAAUAAAUUUUUUAUUGAGCUUAACUCAAAAUUUAAACGCCCAAAAUUCAAAACUUCAUACAAUUUUAUCUAUUGAUUAUUUGUGCUUUAUUUUUUAAGGGGGCAAUUAUUAUGUAUUUACAUAUCUAACACCAACUUCAGUAUUUACAUUCAUGGCACUCCAA